CCAAAUUUUUAGCUCACCUGUCACCAAGUGACAAGGUGAGCUACUGUGACCGCUUGAUGUCCGUCAUCUGUCGUGCGUCAACAGUUUGUAAAAAAAUCUUCACUGGGCAGAAUUACAUCAAACUUCACAGGAAUGAUCCUUGGGUACCCCCCUUUCAAAGUUGUUCAAAGAAUUGAAUUCUAUGCAGAACUCUGGUUGCCAUGGCAACCAAAAGAAAAACUUUAAAAAUCUUCUUCUCAAAAACCAGAAGCCAUAGAGCUUAGAUAUUUGGUGUAAAGCAUUGCCUAGUGGACCUCUACCAAGUUUGUUCAAAUCAAGAUCCCAGGGUCAAAAUUGACUACGCCCCAGGGGUCACUUGAUUUAACAUAGGAAAAUCUUUAAAAAUCGUCUUCUCAAAAACCAGAAGCCAUAGAGCUUAGAUAUUUGCUGUGAAGCAUUGCCUAGUGGACCUUUACCAAGUUUAUUCAAAUCAUGAUCCCGGGGUCAAAAUUGACCCCAGCCCAGGGGUCACUUAAUUUUACAUAGGAAAAUCUUCAAAAAUCCUAUUAAAAUAAACCAGAAGGCCUAGAGCUUAGAUAUUUCACAUGUAGCAUUGCCUAGUGGACCUCUACAAAAUUUGUUUAAAUCAUGACCCCGCCCCAGGAGUCACUUGAUUUUAUGUAGGAAAAUCUUAAACAAGAGGACCAUGAUGGUCCUGAAUCGCUCACCUGUCCCCAAAUGACCCAGUUUUAACGGAGUAUGACGUCGUUUUUUCUAUUCUUUGACAUAGUGACCUCGUUUUUGAGCUCAUGUGACCCGGUUUUGAACCUGACCUUGAUAUCAUCAAGAUGAACAUUCAGACCAACUUUCAUACAGAUCCCAUAAACAAGAGGGCCAUAAUUGCCCUAUAUCGCUCACAUGUCAUCAUUGCAGGACAAGAAGGUCAAAAAAUCAUAAUCAAGAUCAAUCAAAAGAAUCAUAAGAAAAUAUAGUUGAAAUUUUCCUAAAGGUACAGAUAUGUUAAAAUACACCUAUAAAUUGGAGGUACCAUCCAUGCUGUACCGCAGGAAAGUAGUCUCGGUUUUUCCCUAUGGCCAGUAAUAAAAAAGUGACUAAAUAAGCUAUUUAUAGUAAUAUAAAGGGGCCAUAACUCUGGAACCCAUUAUGGGAUCUGGCCAGUUCAAGAAAGAAACCAAGAUCUUAUGGUGACACAAGUUUUUGUGCAAGUUUGGUAAAAAUCAAAUCAUAAAUAAAGCUGCUAUUGUGCAGACAAGGUCACAAUAGCUAAUUUUGGCCCUAUCAGGGGCCAUUACUCUGAAACACAUUAAGGGAUCUGGCCGGUUCAAGAAAGGAACCGAGAUCGUAUGGUGACACAAGUUUUGUGCAAAUUUGAUUAAAUUCAAAUCAUAAAUGAAGCUGCUAUAGGAGAGAUCGAACAGGUAUAAAUGUUCUAAAAAUAGAACUGCUGAUAAGCCACAUUCCAGUCAGUAUUGAAAGGUCGUACAAACAUUGAUAGUAUGGGUCAGUUUGUCUGAUGUUUUGAAUGCGGUCAGUGGCCAGCAGGAAUGAAAACAAAUGAGUACAAUUAAAGGAACAACAAAACAUUGUUGCUAUGGAUUGUGUAACAGUGACUCUAGGUAUGCUGAUAGAGAUUAUAUGCAAGGUGUAUUUUGGAUAAAUUUCCCAAAGCCUAAACGCACAGAAGCUAAAUGUCGUAAAUGGGUUGCUGCAUGUGGUAGGAAAGAUUUCACUAUAGAGAAGGUGAAGAAGUGGACAUAUAUAUGCAGCAAACAUUUUGUUGGUGGAAAUGGCCCUACGGAAGCUAAUCCUGACCCAGUACCUGCUUCAUACACUCCAGCACAGGUUGAAAAAUUUUCUCGAAAGCGUAAAGCUCCCACACCCAGAAGCACACCAGUUUCUAAAAAGACAUUGUUUGAAGUCUCUGAAGCUCUGUUAUCACUACAACAUACACCCCCUGUCAAGAAACCACAAGUAAAUCAGCAACAUCAUGAUGAUUCCACUGAUCAAGCACUUCCUGAAGAGAUUUGCCCUGACUUUAUCGCAACGCCGAUCAAGACUGUUGACAAUGAGACACAGACAACAUAUUCAUGUAGUGAGCAAAUUUCAAACAAAAUAGAAAAGCGAAUCUUGCAGAAUAAACAAAGAAUUGUCAGUACUAAGAAAUCAACACAGCAGAAAAGCAAGUUCUCAUUCGAUAUUCUUAAAAAAGACGAAAAGCUUUUCAAGUUUUAUACUGGACUAACAGUACUUCAGUUUAACCAUUUAUUCAAUGCGUUAGGAGAAUCUGUGCAUACACUUAAGUACUGGCUUGGAAACAAAACGUCAAACAGAAAACGGAGAAAAGGAAAGGCUGAAAAAAAAUUGUGUGCUGAAAACCAACUGCUUCUUACACUUAUGAAACUCAGGCAAAAUUUUCCUAACAAAGACCUUGCGCACAGGUUCAGUGUCAGUCCUAGUACUAUUUCAAGUAUUAUCAUAACUUGGAUUCAGUUUUUAUAUAAGAUGACACAGCCACUUUGGGACAGAAUGUUUCCUUCUAGGGAGCUUAUACAAGAACAUUUGCCAGCGUGCUUUAAGUCAUUCAGAAAUGUUCGAAUAAUAAUUGACUGCUUUGAGAUAUUUGUCCAAAGUUCAGGAAAUUUUGCAGAACAAGGGAAUAUGUAUUCAUCCUACAAGAAUCAUACUACAUUAAAAUGUCUAGUUGGUAUAGCUCCGACUGGCGCUGUGACAUUUUUGUCUGAUGUAUAUGAGGGUAGCAAAUCGGACAGAGAUUGUUAUUGACUCUGGCUUUGCAGAUAUUCUUGAACCAGGGGAUUUAGUAAUUGCAGACAGAGGUUUCAUCAUAAAAGAUAUUUUGCAAGCUCGAAAAGUUGAACUAAACAUCCCGCCAUUUUUAAAUGGCCGAGACAGACUUACUGCCCAAGAAGAAAUUGCAACAAAGCGAAUUGCACGUGUACGCAUUCAUGUUGAACGUGCAAUCGAGCGAAUGAAGAAAUACAAAAUUAUUGGGACAGUUCUUCCUCUAAGUUUCAAACCAGUUGCCACACAGAUUGUAAAGAUAAUAGGACUUUUAGUAAAUUACCAGGAGCCUCUUGUCAAAUAAAAUAGUAUGUAAGAACUGUGUUGGACGUACAAAGCUCUCUGUUUUCCUGUAUAACGAAUUCUGGAUCAGCCGUCUGAGGAACUGAACAUUGCGAAUUUAUAAUCUGGAGUUAUAUUAUAAAUUGGUAAACUUAAUAAACGCUCAAAUUUGUUCACGUUGAGACGGAUCAUGCAUGCAAGACUAAAUAAUAAAAACACC